GUGAGAUCAGUGUCUCCAACAUGGCCGUGCACAUUGUGACGCUGCUCAUCGGCCUCUGUGGGCUGGCUGGGAAUGGGGCUUUCCUCUGGCUCCUCCACAUUGAUGCCCUCACCGACUUCAUCUUCAACCAGGCCAUCACCGACUUCCUCUUCCUCAUCUUCAUGGUCCCCUCCGCUCUGCUCUUCCUUGUGGAGGAAGUGUCCUGCUCUGCUAUAAUGCCCCAAAUGUAUUUGAGCUUGCUUUUCCAGUUGUCACUGUUCUCUUACAACAUGGGGCUCUACCGGCUGUCGUUCAUCAGCAUUGAGAGGUGCAGGUCCAUCCUCUGCCAGUUUUUCUGUGGUUGCCAACUUCCUGAGCGCGUGCUGUGGGUAGUGAUGAGUGCCCUCUUCUGGGCCUUCCUCUUCGUUGUCAUCGCAGUCAAUCCCAUGGUGACUUCCCAGUGCCAGUCACUUGAGCAGGAGCAAUGCCAGGUGGCUCUCACCUCCAUGUACGCCCUCAACCUCUUCCUAUUUGCUGCACCCAUGGUCAUUUCCAGCACAAUCCUCUUCAUUAAUUUCAAGCCUGGCUCCCAGCAGCAGCCACACAGGAGGCUUGACAUCGUUAUCUUCCUCAUUGUACUCCUCAGUCUGCCCCUCAGUCUCUGGUCUUUCCUGCAGCAGCUCGGUUACACAGCUGUGCCCUCCCAGGUGGUUUUCCUGCUCACCUGCAUCACCAGCAGCAUCAAACCCUUCAUCUACUUCUUGGUGGGGAGCUGGAAGAGACCCUACUCCAUGAGGAGCUGCUGGAGACACUGCUCCAUGCAGAGCUGCAGGAGGCACUCCUCUGUGCAGUCCCUAAGGAAGGCGAUCCACAGGGUGUUCGAGGAGCCAAAAGAAAACACUGCCCACAGCACUGAACCAACCAUGGACACACAGACCUCAGCCUUUUGAUCCCUUGCACUGCACUGCUGAAGGACCCUGGGACAGUGGCUGAGAGAUUCCUUGAGUCUCCUGGUCAGUAAAUGCCCACAGUGUCACCCUCCCUGUGCUGGGGCAUCCCCAACCCCUUUCCAGGCCGCUCUGGGCUCUGAUCCGUGCUUGUGAGGAAAUGCAAAGGGAUCCACAGGGAGCAUUUGCCCCACAUCCCCUGCAGGCUUGCUAAUCUGUUUCUGCACUGGCUCCAGCCACAUUUAUCAUCCUCUGAGCUCCUGAGGAGCAUGAUGGAGCUGGGCUUUCUUCCUCCCUCCUUGGACCUCCUAUGACCAGGAGGAGCAGAGACCCUGCUGGGAGUCCUGGCUGGAGGGGGGAAGGAUCGGGGCUGUUGGGUGGAAAAGGGGGCUCUGGGGAUGGUCUGGGGUGUUGAAGGUGGUUUCGGAGGGGUCAGGAGAGGCUCAGAGGUGGUUGGAGGAGGUCUGGAUACCAGAAACCCCGUAUCUCCCCACUAGAGGACAGCAGAGCCUGACAAGCCGUGAUUGGAGCGGGGGAGCGGCUCCAUCUGAGAAAGCUGUCGGAUGUGAUAAGAUGGGGUGAGGAUGGAGAGCCUGGAGGGAACGGGGAAUGAGGAGCAGGGAUGAGGGAUAGAAUGGAGAGCAGCUCAGGGUUGUUUGGCCCUGAGCAAGUUUUGGCAAUGAUCAUGGAGGUAUUACCAUAUUGGCACUUGAUUCUGAGAAGCUCCCAGCUGCCUCACCAACACUGCCAGCACUGGCAGCAUUCCAGAGCCGCCAGCACCACCAGCAUCCCUCUGCUUCUGGAGGGACAAUGACCCCUCAGGGAAGAGAAACUAGGAAUGUCAGAAACCCUUCCCUUUUGGGAAAGGGAAGGCUGUCAGAGAAUGGACAUUCUCCUGGGAAGGAGUGUUUCUAAUCAGGAGGAAAUGAGGAGCCAUUCACAAAGACAAAGAGGUUUGGGGUUUUGUGUUUGUUUGUUUGUUUGCUUGUUUGUUUGCUUUUUUCCUUUGUACCAAAAACCAUAAGGCUGUUUAACUCUGACCUAGCCAAAG